CUCUUGUUUUAAUCUUCUCCUUAUUCAUGUACUGUUGGUUAUUAUUGCUUGGUCGAUAGAUCUGUGUUACAAACUGUUUUUUUGGUAAGCUGAGAGCUAUGUUAAUAUCUUACAUUACUAGACAUUGUAGUUGUUGAAGAAUUUUUGCUCUUACUGCAGUUGUUUUUUUGGUAAACUGUUUGUUUGUACAACUUGCACUCUUACUGUUCUGGUGUAGUAGUAAUAACUAGCCACAUUUUUCUUCUUUAGACUUGGAAUGGAUCCUGAAAUGAGGGAUCGUGUUAGGAAGAGGGAGGAGGAGGAUGACGAAAUUAUGUUAUUUGUUUUCCCUGCACUACAUUUGAUAGAGACCGAUGGAGUUGCUCUUAGGAAGCGGAGGAUUCCGCGUCAUACAUCAUCGCUAACAGGCGAGAUGUUUGUUAAGGAGUUACUCGAAGGGCACGUCAAAAAUUGUCGGGUAGCAUUUAGGAUGGAGCCGCGUAUCUUCAAAUCUUUGGCUAAUUAUCUUCGAAGGAAGAAGUUGGUGAAAGAUACCAGAAUUAAAGUCGAAGAGAAACUAGCAUCAUUUCUGUGGAUGUUAUCCCAUAAUUCUUCAUUUGAAGACCUUCAAGUUCGGUUUGGUCACAGCGGGGAUACUUUCCAUUGGCAAAUGAAGAAUUUCUUUGACAUCAUCCCUAUUCUCUCCAAGCAUUUUUUGAAGCCUCCAAAUCCCAGUCAAGUGCAUCCGAAGAUUCAGUCGGACACGAGAUUCUUUCCUUAUUUUCAGGUUUUUGCUUCGCCAACUUUGAUCCACAUCGAUAACUUACUCUUCAUGUUAUAGGUGCUAAGUUAUAGUAUUUCGUUGCAGAACUGCAUUGGGGCAAUUGAUGGGACACAUGUUCCCAUAACAAUUUCAGGAGAAAAAGCCGCACCAUUCAGAAAUAGGAAAGGGACCCUAAGCCAUAAUGUUAUGGUCGUGUGCGACUUCGACCUGAACUUCACCUUCAUUUCUUGUGGCUGGGAGGGAUCUGCUACCGAUGCUAAAGUUCUCCGGUCAGCACUUAAUAGUGGGUUUCAUGUACCUCCGGGCAAGUUUUAUCUGGUUGAUGGUGGUUAUGCCAACACACCUUACUUCUUGGCACCGUAUCGUGGUGUUCGGUACCAUCUAAAGGAGUUUGCACGCGGUCGCCGUCGACCCCAAAAUCACAGGGAGCUAUUCAAUCUCCGUCAUGCCGUGUUACGAAAUCACGUCGAACGGGGAUUAGGAAUCUUGAAGAAGCGGUUCCCAAUCCUAAAAGUGGGCACGCAUCAUCGAAUAGAGAACCAAGUCAAGCUACCAGCAGCGGCGGCAAUCUUACAUAACAUCAUCCGAUCUGAAAAAGGAGAUGAGCGUUGGUUAGAUAACCAACCAAACAAUAUACCUGUCAUGAAUUUUGUUGAUCUUCCUGACGGUGAUAUUCCUCAAAAUCAUCAAAUCAACCAUGAAGGCGACAACCUUAGAGAUGCCAUUGCUCAUCAAAUGUGGGCUGAUUAUCGACAUGCAUAACUUGUCAUUUGUAGUGUAGUAGUAAUAAGUAUAGUGUAGAAGUUUAUGUUUUUUUUCUAUUGUUCAUGUCAUGAAUAUUGUUCAGAAGUCACUAUGAUGACUGCUCGAGGGUCACCAAGGUUGAGCCUCCUCAAAAAAGCUGUCAAAAGGGAUAGAGCAUCACCUCCUACAAGCAGUGUGACAAAGAGGAGGAGAGGGUCUCCCAAAGAAGAUAGAGCACAGUGGAAUGCAAGCCUUGAGAAAGAUCUUGUGGACUUGCUUCGUGAGCAUGAUACACCUGAACAUAAGGGUCAAAAUGGAUGGAGCUCAGAAGCAUGGAAUACGAUAGUGAAGAAAUUCCACCAAAAGAAUCCUUAUGCUAGGUACGAGAAGAAGAAAAUCCAAGAAAAGGAAAAAGAGUUGAAAAAAGAAUACAAGAUGAUCAAAGAGAUAAGGAAGCAAAGCGGUGUUUCAUGGGACGACCGGCAGUGCAGGAUUCUAGCGGAUCCACCACUUUGGAAAAACAUCAUCAUAUCACACCCUAAAGCUGGAAAGUUCAAGACAAAAGCCUUCCCUCUUUUUGAAGCUUUGGAAGAAUUGCAUGAUGGCCAAACUGCAGAAGGGACAUAUAACUUCACCUCUAUCGAGUCAUCACAUUGCUCAACCCAAUCACAUCUCGAGAAUCUUGGAGGAGCUAGCAAGAAUCAAGGAGAAACAUCAGCUGAUGGUGAGAAUCUUGGAGGAGAAAGGGUGCAGAUUGAUGAAGAUGUUGAGCAGGUUUACAUGCAAGAAAACAUUGCUGUGGAGCCCCAACAAACUCAACCAAAUUUGGCUACUGCACCCUCAAGAAAUGGAGAAGAGAAAGAACCAAAGAGAAGGAGGGGGCGAAUGGUGAUGUGGCUGCAAUGAUGGAGAAGUACUUGGAAAUAAGGACGAAGCAGGUGGAGGAUGAGAGGAAUAAGCCAAGGGUCGUGGAUGAGUACUCUAUCAAAAACUGCAUUGAUCUGCUGAAAACAAUGGAGAUCACACUUGAAGAAGAAGUCAAGGCUUUCCGAGUCUUCAAGAUCCCCGAGAACUGAGAGAUUUUCAUGAGUGCCAGACCAGAGACUGCUCUUAUGUGGUUGAGAGCUGAAAUGGAAUAACUCAGGAGUUCUACAUAAGAAUGCUCCCGAAGAAGAGCGAAGGUGCCACGACUUGGAUCUAUUUGUGUGUGCUUUUCAGUGGAAGGCUUCAUAUCUAUUCGCUGGGUUUUGUCCAUGUAAUAUUUGUAGAGAAGCUAAACACUAUUUCUGAAACAACUGACUGUAGCAUGGAAGAUUUUGGGAGGAACUGAUAAUUAAGCUCUUGUGGUCUAUUCAACAUAUUAUAUAUUAUGUAUGCUCCAAAUUGCUAUUAUUUUUGUUAGUAUUUGUGCCCUGUUCAAAUCUUAGAAUUGUUGUUAUUGUUGGGAUAAUAAGUGUUUUAAAUUGUCAGUGUUAUUGUCACUUCAGUCUGCAUCUGUGUAAUUACUGCAUGAGAAUUGUUGUUAUCUAUAUGUGUAAUUACUGCAUGAGAAUUGUUGUUAUCUAUAUGUACGACUUCAUCUAUGUCAAUACUGUUGUCCUUGUGGUCCAGUGCCCUUGGGGACUAACCGAAUGCAUGAGAGUGGCGUGGAUUGCAUACUGGCAAGGAUUUGGUCCCCAAGUGGUUUUGGUGUCAAGCGGGGAUCACCCAAUCCUCUAG